AAUUUAAAAUCAAAGAAAGCGCUCAAAAGACAACGAUUGAAGCAUUUUUGUGUGCAUUUUGAAAAUUCUGGAAAUGGAACUUUCCCAUUAUUCUCUGUUAUUUUACGGAUUAUUAUCAGUUGUGACAACAUCCAAAGACUGUUUCCCACCAGAAUGCUUUAUCAUAAGUAAAGAUGCACAAACAAGAACCAUAUCAGUGAAAAAUUCAUCCUGGACAGUAUUUUGUUAUGAGGGAAAACCAGAAACCCCUUUCUUGCUAUGGUCUAAUCCUGUGUUAAAAAUAUCUACAAGCAAUGGAACAGCAGAAUCUUUCCAGUUUAUAUGUGCUGAAAGUCCGGACCAGGUGGAGGAAAAGAAAGAGAGUGCUAUGCAGUUACCCCAAAUCUUACAGAACCUUAGGUUCAUGUUCAACGUGGAACUGAAGGAUAUGUCCUUCUCACCUUUCAACCAGAGCUGUAUUGGUAUCCAUAGCAACCAACAAUACACUGCUGAUUUUAAGUAUAAAAGUAGGUUUUUGGGAGUUCCAUUUGGAUAUAGGUUUAUUGUGACUUUCUUCUUUGAUUUUGCAGAGAGGACAUACUCACCAUUUAAAUACAACUGUAUUGGUAUUCAUGGUAAACAACAAUAUGAUGUGUCCUUUGUAAAUAAGAGAAUAGAGUUAUGGUAUGUGGCUUACCUGUUUCUUGGAUUGUUAAUCUUUUUGUAUGCCAGACACCUUAGUCAGAAUGUUAAUUUACAAUAUGGCUCAGGUGUAUCACUUGGUAUUAUAGCAUCUUUACUCAUCCUGAUGAUAGUUCUCCACAGAGUUUUCCCACAGAGCCUGAAGAAACUUGGAUAUUUGAUGGUUUUAUCAAGCUGUUGUGCAUCAAUGUAUUUUUGGCAACUUUUUGCCACCUCAUUUUCAUCAACAAUUAUGUCAUAUUGGAAAUGGAUCUUAGGAUACAUUGCUCUGACUGGAUUUCUAAGUUUUGGUGCAUGUUAUAAAUAUGGACCAAUCACAGACAAGAAAAGCCUUAAUAUUUUACAGUGGUUAAUUCAGGCUUUAGGUCUCUUAAUGAUUUAUCAAGGGACUCAAAUACCUAAGAUUUCUGUAGCUAUAAUAAUAGCGAUAUUGACAAUGUAUAAUUUACCUAAAGGAUUAUAUAGUAAUAAACUAACUAGAUAUUUCAGAUAUAAAUUAUUCAAACCUAAAGUUAGAUUAUUAACAGAAGAAGAAUACCAAAAACAAGGGUAUGAAGAAACAAAGAAGGCUUUGGAAGAUUUACGAAAGUUUUGCAAGAGUCCUGAAUGUAAACCAUGGAAAGUUAUCAGUAAACUCAAAAGUCCUGAUAGGUUUGCUAGUUUUAUUGAAGGAGACUCAUGGCAUGUGAAUGAUCAAGAACUAUUAGAAUAUGACAGUUUUAAUGAUGAGGAAUUACACACAGAAAAUGAGGAGGAUGAGGAAGAAAAUAUCAUCUCAGAAGAUGAAAACGCAGAAUGAUGAAGGAGGAAUGUCAAAUGGGUUUCAAUCAUAUCAAAGGGAUAGAUUUUACAAUCUAUAAUAAAAACCCUCCAAGCUAUGUGGUGUUUAACAGAAGACAACAGUACUAGCAUCAAAGUACUUUUUAACAUCCUCACUUUAAUUAAAUAUUGACUGCUGUUUUCAUUACCAUCAUUUACCUUUUUAUCUAAAUUAACAGUCAGUAUUAAAGAUAGUCUGUCUGCCAUCAUGUGCGUGAUUCUGUGUACACCUUUCGUAGAUGUCUGUGUUUCUGUCCACACAUCAAACAACCUUAGAAUGCUUUGAUCAAACAACCUAAGAAUGCUUUGAUCAAACAACCUAAGAAUGCUUUGAUCAAACAACCUAAGAAUGCUUUGAUCAAACAACCUAAGAAUGCUUUGAUCAAACAACCUAAGAAUGCUUUGAUCAAACAACCUAAGAAUGCUUUGAUCAAACUCUAUUUAACUUGUAUGAAAUGAUUUGAAUUGGUGAUAGAAACGUCCUUUUCAAUUUCAAAAAUUAUUCUGUUGGUCUUUCUAGAGUUUUGAGACAGACCUUCAGAUUUUCAGCAAUUUUCCUGUGAUACACUAGCUUGGAUACGCUUAUUUUAAACUGUACACUGUUGUUGUCACUAGCAACAGGUGUAUAGUUCUUGCUAUAUGUUCAUGAAAUGCAUACUAAAGGUUAACAUCAUCAAAGUCUCAAAUAAGUACCAAAAUCAGCACUUAUCAAUUAUUUUUACAGGAGUUAUGUCCCAUAGAAAUGUUAUUCUAAAAAUAAUUGAUAUACCUGCCAAAUUUUCAAAUCUCCUUAAGGAAUUCGAAGUGCAAGAAACAUUAUUUGCUCCUCUUAUUUUGUCAUAAGUGUUUAUAAUCUACUUCAUUGUAAUACAUUGUUUGAAUGGGGGUGUAUGUGCUUUGUUACUCUUUUAAAUCAAUUGAAUAUUUGUUUUGAGGUGUUCAGUUUAUAUAUUAAAGAAUUUCAACAUUCAGGUCAAUACUACUCAUGAGGGAUAUCCCCCAUAUAUCUCCCAUAAAUCAAGAAAGUUAGCAGGUUUGUACUUUGAAGUGCAUUGUUAGUGCUUUCAAGUGUACAGUAUAUGCCAGAUAGUUAUGGUUAACCUCAGCAAUGUGUUGGAUUAGUCUGAAAUCAGCAGAUCGAUUAUUUUUCCAGAAAUUUUGUCCCAUAGAAAUGUAUAUUCUACAUACGAAUACAUUGUGUCACUUUCGAGGGUAAAAUUCUUGCGAGAUAUUUAUGAAAUUUAAAUCAAGGUUUAUUUAAGUUAUGUCGCAGGUCGUAUGGGUGACCUCCGCCAUCUUGCAUUGUAAAAUGGCCAAACACAAUAAGUCUAUAUAUUUAAUAAGGUCAGAAAAUGUUGAUACAGGAAUGCAAUUUACUAUUAAGUAUUUUCAUUUAAAUGAUCAAAUUUAUAUGAUAUUAAGUUAUGAAUACUCAUAUCUUUACAAAGAAGAAGAACUUUGCUUGAUUUGAAUUUUUUAAACAUUGCAAGUUUAAGUAAGUUUAAUUUUACAGGAAACUUCAGGAAUUUUUUCUGUUUUAUGUAUAAAUACAUGUAGCAAGAAAAAACAUACGCCACAGAGACUCAACUUUUUCCUUUGAUAUUCUGAAAGAAUUUUAUAAGAGCUUUUUUCUCAUAUUUUAUUUCAAUUAUGUAUUAAGUUUACCUUCUAAUCAUAUUAUAAUGUUUUUUUCUCUGUAUAAUUCAUAGUAAAUGGGUCAUAUUUUCACACUCUGUUGCUUGAAAUCAUUUUUAUUAGUUUUUUAAUAAAUCACAAAUGUGUGACCUACUUUAAAUUUAAAUGUAAUCUUUGGAAAUGCAUAAAAACAAUAUAUAUAAACUUAUAUGUUUGUUGAGAGUUGUCUCAUUGGCAAUUAUACCACAUCUUCUUUUUUAUAUUUAUUUAUACACCACUUUUGAGUUUGUUAUAAUUCUGUCAAAAACUUUGGUUUUAGUGAACAUCAUUCCUAUGUUUAGGGGCAUUGUCAUUUCCAUUCCAUGUUGAGCAAGCAUUUUUUUUUAAUAUAAUUCUAUAUUGCACGAAUUUUUUGGGAAAAUUAAUCUUAUAUCUGUUCUAUAAAUAUCAAUGAUGCUAUUGUUAAAGUAAUCUUUGGAAUUGGAGUUAUCUUCCCUUGUCCAUCAACCAAUGCUUUAUACAUUAUACUGUUUAAUUUUCCUUCACACUGAUAAAUUAAAGCAAUCUUAACCCUUCAGUGCUUUCAAGUACUUUGUUUAUGUUAUAAUUUCAAAAAUAAUACAUUGUAAGCAAUAAUAGAUUUACUUGAAAACAACAAAAACAAAAUACAAAUUUCCUUUACAAGCUUAGGCUAACCUGUUAAUUGGUGGUUAAUGGCUCUUUUCAUUUCCUGACAAUUAGUUGUCAAUAAACAUAAAAUGUGUGUGGGAAAAAUACAUAAAUCCAAAAGGUUAAUCGUUUUUAUUACAAAAUGUACCGAAUAAAAAGAAAUAAAUAUAUUUUCCUAUCAUUUUAUGUUGGGGUUCUCUUAUAUCACAAAAAGUGUUUUACUAACUCAUGUUUUGUACAUUUGCUAACUGAAUUAAAAAUAAAACAGUUUUUCAGAA